UUAGUAUUGGACUGGGCCUUUGGCCUUAGUAGUAUAAUGGGCCUUAAGUUGUAUUGGGUCUACCAUAUUAGAGUUGGUAUGAUCCAUAGGGUUAUGGGCAGGUUAGGGUCUAUAUAAAGAAGAUUAGUAAUAUGUAUUAGGUAUGGAAUUGGUAUUCAGUCUUUGGCUGAAAUGGAGGGAGAGUACCUCGAAUUACUCAUGGAGGUUUUAGGCAUCCUCGAAUUUGCCUAAUUUCACCCUAGGUCCAUGGAAUUUCAUUUGCAAUAUACACCGACUCGACCGACGUUGGGAGAUUUCCAGCUCGAGAUCUCUGGAGUUCCAGAGCAUGUGAGGAAGAAGCAAGAAGCUGAGCGAAAAUUUCAAGAAGCCGAGCAGCAACGAUCCGACACUCUAAUGGUUGAAAUGAUGGCACAAUUGGAUCAAAUUUUUGAGAGAUAGAAUACACGCCUUCAAAAUCAGUAAUGGACUUCACAGCGUGCCAGAGCUCCAAAAUUCCCUCAGCUUGAUAGUGCUGUUCUGGAGGAGUGGUGCUGUCGUGCCGAAGAGUACUUUGCAUACCACCGCACUCCGGAUGAGCAUCGCGUUUCCCUUUCCACCUUCCAUUUGGAAGGUACGAUUAGAGAGAUGCAGUGGUUCCAGGACAUAAGAUGGAGCAAACGUGUGACUACUUGGGAUGAAUUUGUUCGGAUUCUUCACACAAGAUAUUCGGUUCCUGAGAAGGUAGAAGAACACGACGACUUCAAGAACGAAGAUGAAGAAAAGGAAGACGAUGCUGCCAUACAAACAAUCACUCCAGAAUCUGUACAAGAUCCAAUUGAAGAUACAAAACAAAUCAUAACUCCAGAACCGGAUCCGGCUGAAGCUACACAGCACAAAAUAAUUCCAACCACAAAUCCGGCUCAAGACACAAACCACAUCCAAAUUCCAGAACCUGUGCAAGCUGGAAAUAUAGGGCAAACAGAAAUUCCAGCAACAUCUCCGCUAAUUCCUAAACCAAAAACUUCAGAAUCUAUCGUGGAGAUGUCAUUUUCAGAUCAGAGAGUACCUAUUGUGGUUCUAUCUCAAUCCUCCACUACGGAUGUGGUGGAUGUUGUUCUUCUCAAACACCGAUGGCGUUGGAAAGAAGACGAGGAUACGACGAGAGCUGGGCGAGGAGGAUGGCACUGCUGUCGCCGGAGCCGCGCAAGACAGGGGAUCGGAGGUCCGAGAAGCCGAGCUAUGGGCCAGAGACUUGGACCGGUUGCGAUGCUUUUCUCUGUAGGUUCUAGAAGCUGCAGAGAAACGAGAAGAGUGGUCCGUGUGGUUGACGAAGGGCAAUUUCGGGCUGUGCACUUUACGCCUACGCAGACGGACAGGUGGCAUCCACAUGAAUUGUUCUCAAAAAUGAAAGACAGCUGGAGUCCAUUUCAUUUCAAAGCUGAAGGAGGCUUUUCUUUUUUUUUCUCCCUCAUGCAGUCACGCGUGAAGAUGGCUUAUCCUUUUGCUUCUAGAAGAUUGGGAUUUUACAAUGGGCUGGAUCUUGUGCAUGGGACCACUUGCAUGGGAACCAGUACUGCUUAUCCUUGA